GUCACUUUGGUGUAGAGUGUAGACUCAUCAGCGGCGGUUCGAAUCAGUUGAACAAAUCUUGAAACUGAUUACAAAUCAAACACGAUAAGAAUAAGAAAGAAGGCCGGUUUGCUUCCAUAAUUCGAGUUUGUUCCUUGUCGAACCGACACAGUGAGCCACGGGCGGAGAUGAUGAGACCAUCGAGAGACGCCAUUCAGUCAUACAUGAGCAUCACCGGCGCUGAUGAGUCACUCGCCAUUCAAACACUCGAGGAACAUGGCAAUAACCUCACUGAAGCCAUCAAUUCUCACUUCAGGGAUGUCGAACGAAGCAUUCUUGAUCCAAGCUCAGAUAGUCGUCGUCCACAGUACAAUGCUGUGGAAGAUAACAGUCAUGUUCGUCCACAAUACAAUGCUGUAGAAGAUAACUCUAGGCGGACUUCCAUCUCUCCUCUCUGCCGCUCGCUCUUUUAGACCCUCUUUGCUUCUUGAUCCCAACUACAGGAGAAGUCUCCUUAGGCAGCUCAGUGGCUCUGCAAUCAGUAGCCCCCCUCCAUCAGCACCUCACACUCA